CGUCAGCGAUCCGUCGGCGGUCGUCGUCUUAAGAGGCAAAAAAGGCUGCUAGUGCGAUGAUGCUCUGGUAUUCGUUACUUUCCCUACGGACGUAUGGCGUUGUGUGUUUGCGCUGUGCGGCAGUAUGGAAGUUAAGUACGUGCUGUGCGAGGUGUGCACCGGCUGGCCCCUUGCUUGAUCUUAGUGCGCGUGGCAACGGUGCACUGCUCAGCUUUAAAUUCGUGUACCAUCUUUUUUGGUUUGGGGGGAAUAAUAGCCUUCUUUUUUUUUCUUUCUUUUUUUUCGAAUCUCGCACCUCAUCACAUCGCGGGACUUGGAGAGAACAUGUCGCAUCCCGGGGAACCUUGCCCGCCGACCCGUCCUCUCCUCUCCUCUGCUCCCUAUGUGUGUCUCUGUUUCUGUACAAAGUAGACUCCUAAAGGUAAUGGGGUAAUAGAACUAUACGCAUAGUUCUUCUGCCUUCAGAUCGGACCUGGCCCCGUCUCCCCAGGACCCAAAGUCAUCUCGUCGGCUUUAGGAGUUUUGCCCAUUGUCCGCCAAAGUCCGUUGUCCAAUCGCCUAUAGGCUAUCCGUAUGGGCGAACAUUCUCAACCACCCCCCCUUCCCUGUCUCCCCU